CCGAAAAGUUUCUAGAGGGUAUAGACCGCCCAAAUUCCUUAUCCUGGAUGGGAUAGAAUUGCCAGGCGCUUGAAAUUCGGCCAGGUUUGACCGAGUGGUGAGGGAAAAUGCCUGAUUUAUCUAGAAUAAAGUGAAAAAUUGCUGGAGUUUUUCGAUACCUGGAUUCGAUCCUGUCGCUAACUGCAUCAUCACUAACUACAUCGUUCAUCCGACAAGAUAUAGUUACUCUUAUGUAUAGAGAGUUGUCUAUAUAGCAUCUACCUUUGUAUCAUAAGUUAUAGUCAAACUUCGAUUUAGCACCACCGUUUGUUUGUCUCCGAAACCGCACUAAAUCGAGUGCAGAGCUAAAUUGGAGUACUUCAACUGAAGAAUUUCAAAUCUUUUGUUUCAGAAAAAUUCUUGACAGAUCUCUUAGACAGUAAUUUUUUUCUUUUUAAUUGAUUAAUUCAUCAAUGAUAGACAUGAGUACACUUCAUGAUAUCCAAAGAUCGAAAGCUGCGAAAUCCAUACAGAAAUGGUUCAUUGUGAAUCAAUACAGAAAACAUGUCUUACAUAAUGCAGACGUAACUAGAAUUACUGCCUUAAAAGCUAUUCAAGAUAAAUAUAUAAAAGAUAAUAAAGAGUCAAUGAAGUCUUUGCAAAAGUUGUUCUGCAAAUUGCAAUAUAAUAAAAAUACUGUUUUGUAUGUGAUACCAGAAGAAGAUGAGCGUAUUUCGGACAAGGAAGAUGAAACCAAAAUAGAAAAUAUUUCUCCUAAUAAUGAAAAUGAAAUGCACCAGGAAGCAUUUCAAACACAACAAAACUUUCAGAAUAACGCAACAUUACUCCUGGUAGCAUUUAAGAAAAAGCAAUGUAAAUCGGUCAUUGCCAUCCAGAAAUGGUAUCGGACUUUGAAAUAUGGCCAAAGAAAAAUGUCAUUUAACACUAAAUUAAUUACGAGGAAUAAAUUAAGAAAAGAAAACAAUCUUUCAAAAUUCUGAAUUGGUAUAGACAGCAACAAAAAUUCACGUGUUUUAACGUAUUGAAUUAUAAAGAAAAUGAGAUAUCUAGAUAUUAAGAAAAAAAUUCUCAGUAAAUUUAUUCUUUUGAUUAUAAAAUAA